AACUGUACGACGACGUGUAGACGCAGAGAAGAAGCUGCUGCUUGGUGAGUGUUCUAGACUUUCCGCGAGAUAAGUAGUAGAACUAGCUUCUGGAACGUUCUGCUCACUGUCUUUAUAAUCCAUGGAUUCUCCCACUUUUCACCAUAGUACAAAAUCUCCCAAACUUCAUUAUCGUUAAUCAAGUGUAUUUAGAGUGAUUUUUGAAAGCGAGUGAAGAUGGCAGGGUAUUUGAAUGGUGAUGUUGCAAGUGCUGCUCUGAGCCAAUUGCUCAACUUGCCUGAAGCUGUUGACAAGCUUAUUUCCCAAUCAAGGUCUCAUGAAUCGAAAAGCGGGUUCGAUUCAAUACCGGUUGACAUUCUUGAGAGCUCGGAUAACUACAUUUUCUACAUGGAUGUCCCUGGCCUAUCCAAAUCCGACAUUCAGAUUACUGUUGAAGAUGGGAAUACACUUGUAAUUCAAAGCAAUGGGAAGAGGAAGCGCGAAGAUGGGGAAGAAGAGUGCAAGUACAUAAAGCUGGAGAGGAAGUUGCCUCGAAAAUUAGCAAGGAAGUUUAGGCUACCAGAGAAUUGCAAUGCAUCUACUAUAACUGCAAAAUGUGAGAACGGAGUCUUGACUGUGUCGAUUGAGAAGGUGCCUCCACCCAAGUCCAAGACUGUGUCUAUUGCUAUCUCUUAGAUUGCAGCUAAGAAUCAGAUGAAGGUGAAAUGGGAUCCGGGACCUGGUUGUAGUAUGUAGCUGAGUAAUGUAAUGUAGUCUAUGAUGAAGAUGAAGUUAAUCUUUUUAAGUGCUGUUAAUUCUACCUCCGGUCUCUAGGUGGGGAUUGCAGGUUUUAAUUUUAUCAUCUUAUAUUCCUAUGAAUGAUUAUGUUAGUUGUGUAAUGUUUUGGUUAAUAUUUUGUGUGA